GGUCGAGGCGGGGAGGCGGCGGCGGCGGCGGCGGCGGCACAGCCGGGCGCCCGAGACGGAGACUCCAUGGGGAACGCUCCGAGUCACAGCAGUGAAGACGAAGCGGCUGCCGCGGGGGCCGAGGGCUGGGGUCCGCACCAGGACUGGGCCGCGGACUCGGGCACGGUCUCCGGCUCGGGCCCCCCGGCACCCGCGCUGCCGCCCGCCGCGGCGCUGCUGGAGCCGGCCCGACUGCGAGAGGCGGCGGCGGCGUUGCGGCCCGCGCCGCCCUGCGAGUCUCUGGUGUCUAGGCACCACGGCGCGCUCUUGCGCUGGCUGGAAGAGCGGCUGGGCCGCGGCGAAGAGUCAGUCACCCUGGAGCAGUUCCGGGAGCUGCUGGAGGCUCGUGGCGCCGGCUGCUCGGGCGAGCAGUUCGAGGAGGCCUUUGCCCAGUUUGAUGCAGAGGGCGAUGGUACCGUCGAUGCUGAGAACAUGUUGGAGGCCCUCAGGAAUUCCAGUGGAGCUAAUCUCCAGGGGGAAUUAAGCCACAUCAUCAGACAACUGCAGGCCUGUUCUCUUGUCCCAGGUUUCAUAGACAUCUUUUCAGAGUCCAAGGAGGGCCUGGGUGUGCACGCAUCCCUGAUCCUGCGCUUCCUACACCGCAACCGGCUCUCCGGCACGGCUGUCCCCUGCCCCAUGCUGGACCACUGCGGGAACGUGUGCUCCAUGAGGGCUUCCGUUCUGAAGGAGUCCUUGGAUCAGCUGCUCCAGAGAGAAAAGGAAAGUCCUGGAGAUCUAACCAGAAGCCCAGAGAUGGACAAACUUAAGUCAGUAGCAAAGUGCUACGCUUACAUAGAAGCAUCCUCCAACCCGGCAGACAUCGACAAGAUGACAAAUGGAGAAACGUCCUCCUACUGGCAGUCAGAUGGCAGUGCCCGCUCACACUGGAUUCGCUUAAAAAUGAAGCCAGACGUCGUGCUCCGGCACCUGUCCAUCGCGGUGGCUGCCACUGACCAGAGCUACAUGCCGCAGCAGGUGACAGUGGCUGUGGGGAGGAGUGCCAGCGAUCUUCAGGACGUCCGCGACGUGCACAUUCCCAGCAAUGUCACUGGCUAUGUGACACUGCUGGAAAAUGCCAACAUCAGUCAGCUCUAUGUCCAGAUUAACAUAAAACGUUGUCUUAGCGAUGGAUGUGACACUAGAAUUCAUGGUCUGAGGGCUGUUGGCUUUCAGAGAGUUAAGAAGUCUGGGGUCUCGGUGUCAGAUGCUUCUGCAAUCUGGUACUGGUCUCUGCUAACCUCUCUGGUGACGGCGUCCAUGGAGACAAACCCCGCCUUUGUCCAGACAGUGCUGCACAACACGCAGAAGGCACUGCAGCACAUGCCUCCGCUUUCCCUCUCACCAGGAUCUACGGAUUUCUCGACUUUCCUGUCUCCCAACGUUCUAGAAGAAGUGGACAGCUUCCUCAUAAGGAUAACUAGCUGCUGUUCGACUCCAGAGGUGGAGCUGACUCUUCUGGCCUUUGCACUGGCAAGAGGAAGUGUUGCCAAAGUGCUGAGCUCUCUGUGUACCAUCACUGACCACCUGGACACACGGUACGACGCCUCGUCCCUCAUCUCCUCCAUGGCAUCCGUCAGGCAAACCCUGCUCCUUAAAUACGGUAAACCUCUUCAGUUGACCCUUCAGGCCUGUGAUGUCAAAGGGAAAGAGGAGAAAUCAGGGCCUGAAAACCUCCUCGUGGAGCCGUGGACGAGAGACGGGUUUCUUACAGAGACUGGGAAGACCAGAGCAAGUACCAUUUUUUCUACAGGAACUGAAUCUGCAUUCCAAGUUACACAGAUCAGAAUUAUGGUUCGACGUGGUGGCAUUGGUGCCCAGUGUGGGUUGGUGUUUGCCUAUAACUCACCUUCGGCUAAAUUCCAUGCAGAAGAACACUUCAAAAGGUUUGAAAAAUAUGACAAAUGGAAGCUUCAGGAAUUCAGGCAAUUUGUAAAAAGCAGGGUUGGUUGCUCAUCUGAUGACCUUGGAGAGGAUGACCCCGUUGGCUGGUUUGAGCUGGAAGAAGAAUGGGAUGAAGCAGAUGUGAAGUUGCAGCACUGCAGGGUUGCCCAAUACUUGAUGGUGAAGUUCCUCUGCACCCGUCAGGAGUCGGCAGAGCGCUUGGGCGUGCAAGGCCUUAGCAUCAGCGGGUACCUCCGGCCUGUGCGAGCCGAAGCGGAACAGCACGUCGUCUGUGCCCACUGCAGGAAGGACGGGGAGGAGAGCGUCUGUGGGGCCACCCUGCUCCUCAGGACACUUCAGUUCAUUCAGCAGCUCGCCCAUGACCUGGUGCAGCAGAAGGAAAGUGGCUUGAGAUAUAAAUCUUUUCUGGACUUCGCCGGUCUUGAUUUGCAGAUCUUCUGGAAUUUUUACAGUAAAUUAAAGCAAAACCCGAGGGAGGAGUGCCUCUGCGCCCAAACCCUGCUUCUGCGGCUCCUGCAGAGCUGCUUCUCAGUGCUGCAGAGAGACGGGCCGGCCGCUUCAGGGGGGGCAAAGGCUCCCCGGCAGAGCCCGGGAGGGGCAGGGGCCGCCAAGGAGCUCCACACACACUUAUGCGACGUGGUGGACAGGGUGGAUGGAGACUCUGCGCCCAUGGAAACCUUAAAACAAGAAGUCAGGAAUACCCUUCUCAAUGGGGCUGCUGUCUUCUUUCCUGACCGACAGACCCGGCGGAGCCAUCUCUUCGCCAUGAUGAAUGUCACCGAGCAGGAGCACAAGCAGUCCCUGCAGCUCACUUUCCGUUCACUGUGCACGUAUUUUAGUGAUAAGGAUCCGGGUGGCCUUCUGCUCUUGCCUGAGAAAGGUGACCUGGCCGACCUGAACAGCAGCGAAGUGCUGGCGGUCAUGAGCACCCUCCUGUCCGUCGCUGCUCGAGAGUGUGGACUGCUGGUGCUCACGGGGGCCCACGGGGAGACUGGCUCUGUGCUGUUCUCCCUGUUCUGGGCCGUCCAGGGCAGCCUGCUCUCCUGGUGCUACCUGCAGCUGAAGAGCACGGACUCCGCAGUCAGAGGUGGUGCCGCCGACCUGAUUGACCAGUAUGUGGGACAGUUUCUGGCGAGCAUGAGAACGAUUUUGGAAUCCCUCUUGUCACAGUAUAAUGGAAAAACCAUUGUAGAAAAAUUAUGUAAUUCAGUGUUUUCGAUGGCAGCUCGUCAACUGGUCAUCUUUCUGCUGGACUUCUGCACUUUAGACAUUUCUCACUGCGCGCUCCUGAGAGAGUUCAGUACGCUAACAGAACUGUUGAGGCAGCUCUGUGCGGACGCGGAAGGAGCGCCGAGUAAGCUCGAUGCAGAGACUUGGCAGCAGGAAUGUCCCGUGGUCUUACAUACCUGGACAAAAGAGUCUGCCCACAACUAUGAAAACAAUUGCCACGAGGUGUCUGUCUUCGUGAGCCCGGGGGCAACCUACUUUGAGGUGGAAUUUGACGAGCGGUGUGAGACUGAGAAAAGGUAUGAUUAUCUGGAAUUUACCGACGCUAGAGGUGGAAAAACACGCUAUGACACCAAAGUUGGCACCGAGAAGUGGCCCAAGAAAGUGACCUUUAAGGCCGGCCCUCGGCUGCAGUUCCUCUUUCACUCUGACAGCAGUAACAACGAGUGGGGCUACAGGUUCACCGUCACCGCCUAUGGCCUGCCCGACGUGGCCGUGUCCUGGGCGCUGGACUUACAACUUCUCGUUUCCCGGCUGAUGGGACGCCUCGCUGCCCAGUGCAUGGCGCUCAAGUCUGCGCACCAGUUUGGAAGUGACAUGGCAGUGCCUCCCGCAAAAAUGGCGUCGGUCCUGAACUCCCCGCUGUGGAAACCUGUCUUCAGGCAUCAGCUGAGUCCAGAGUUGGGAUUAGCAGCGAGCUGGCCCACUCCCCCACAGCAGGAUAGUAAGGAGGUCAAGAACAUCCCCGACGACCCCUGCCACCACUUUCUUCUUGAGUUUGCACAGUCAGACCCUGCCCAGAACUUCUGUGGGCCAUUUUCAGAACUUUUCAAAGGAUUCAUACAGGCAUGUAGAAAACAGGCCCCAAAGACAGAUAUAGUUGCUGGUUCUGCUAUUGAUCAAGCUGUGAACGCCACCUUUGCCGCUCUGGUGUGUCGCACUCCAGGCUUGUAUGAGAAGCUGCAGAAAUAUGUAAAAAGUGGGGGCAACACAGCCCUGAGCGAGGAGUUUGCACAGGUGUAUUGCUUGGCAGAUGGGAUUCGCAUAUGGAUGUUGGAGAUGAAGCAGAAGUCCCUGAUAAACCUGGGGAACGAGGCAGAAGAAAAGCAUGGGUCGGAAGCGGCUGAGGUGAACCCCGAGAGCCUGGCAAAAGAGUGUAUUCAGAAGAGCCUCCUGUUACUGAGAUUUUUGCCCGUGGGAGUGAGUUCAAAAGGAAGCUGUGACGGGUUGGUGGCUGCAGAUGAAACGGAUCACCUCCAGCCACGGGACAAGCGCCCGAGGACGAGCUCUGUGGUGGAGGAGCAUUUCCAGGCCUCCGUGUCUCCCGUGGAAGCGGGCGCCCUUGCUGCGGGCGUUGGGGGUCUUGGCUCGGACGUGCAGCCGAAGCUGCCACCCAGCAGCGGGCCCCCUGCCGCCGAGGUGUCCUCUGCCGCCGCCGAAGAGCCCUCGUCACCUUCUACCCCCGCCCGGCGGCCUCCCUUCACCCGAGGCCGACUCCGGCUGCUCUCCUUCCGGUCCGUGGAGGAGGCGAGGCCAGCGCCCACAGUGAAGGAGAAGUACCCCGUGCUGAAGGAUGUCCUGGACUUCAUCAAGGACCAGUCCCUCUCCCAUGAGAGUGUCGUAAAGGUUCUUGCCUUGAGGAGAGCCCAGGCGCAGAGUGUCCUCGAAGUCCUGAGGAUCGUUCAAUAUUGCUCAGAGUCCCUCGGACAGCCUCACUGCUUCCAUCCGCCGUACAUACUCUUCCUGUUGGAGCUCCUCACCUGCCAGAAGGAGUUUACCAAUUAUUUCGCGCACUUGGAGGGCUGUGGCGCACAUCUGCACAAAGAGAUUCGAGACACUUACUACCAGUUCGUUCUGUUUUUGGUCAAAGCAGUUAAAGGAUUUAGCAGCAUCAGUGACAGGUCCUUGCUGCCUGCCUUGUCCUGUGUGCAGACAGCCCUGCUCCAUCUUCUGGAUAUGGGCUGGGAACCCGCCGAUCUCACCUUCUUUGUGGACAUUCAGUUACCACAUCUCCUCAUGAAGAUGUCGCAAGAAAAUAUAAGCGUGCACGACAGUGUGAUCAGGUCUCGACACGGAGUUACCUCCAUGACCUUCUUGACAGCCGCUGAUAGCCUGGCUGGGUUUUCUCGGGCCCUGACUUUGUCCGUCAGACCUGCUGUCACACUGUGCGUCGUGGCCACGUCGGAAGGCCUGCUGGCUAAUUGUGUGUGUUUCACCUUACAGAUGCACAUGUUCAUUGCUCGCUACUGUGACCUGUUAAACGUGGACAUCUCUUGCGAUGGGUGUGACGAGAUUGCGCCCUGGCACCGCUAUCGGUGUCUGCAGUGUAGCGACAUGGAUCUCUGCAAGACUUGCUUCCUGGGUGGGGUGAAGCCCGAGGGCCAUGGAGAUGACCAUGAGAUGGUCAGCAUGGAGUUCACCUGUGACCACUGCCAGGGCCUGAUCAUCGGCCGGAGGAUGAAUUGCAAUGUGUGUGAUGACUUCGAUCUCUGCUAUGGGUGCUAUGCGGCAAAGAAAUACUCCUAUGGCCACUUGCCCACCCACAGCGUCACGGCCCAUCCGAUGGUGACCAUCCGCAUCAGCGACCGGCAGAGGCUCAUCCAGCCUUACAUCCACAACUACGCCUGGCUGCUGUUUGCUGCCCUGGCUCUCUACAGUGCCCACCUGGCCGGUGCGGAGGAUGUGGACGGGGAGAAGCUGGGUCCCCGGGACCGCGGCAAUGCCAGCACCCUGCGGGCCCAGUGCAUGCAGCUCGUCGGGGACUGUCUGAUGAAGGCUCACCAGGGAAAAGGUCUGAAAGCUCUAGCUCUUCUUGGUGUACUGCCAGAUGGUGAAUCUGGUCCAGACAGUCGGGUCCCUUCGGUCGCUGUGCCCACCCGCACGCCAGAGGAGGAGAGAGCCGUCCGGGGUGCUGAGGACCCGUCCCCCGCGGGCCCUUCUGGCAAGAGAGAUGGUCCUAAGGAAGUCGGACCUUUAGACAGCAAGCAGAGAAGUAAGGCAGAUGAAGAAGGUGCAUCAGCUCUGAAGGGUCCUUCGUGCCAGACUCAAAUUUCAGACUCACCUGCAGAUGGUAGCACACCUACAGGGCAUCCAGAUGCUGAAAAUAUAGUCGUGUUGUCUCAGGAGCCCAUCGAGGAAAAACGGGUUACUCCCAGCCCUGAGCAGGUGUUUGCUGAGUGUUCCCAGAAGAGGAUUUUGGGAUUACUAGCAGCCAUGUUACCUCCCUUAAAGUUGGACCCCACAGUGCCCGUGAUGCACCUGGAGCACGUCCUCCCACUCAUGUUUCAGGUUGUCAUCUCCAACGCAGGCCACCUGAACGAGACCUACCACCUCACACUGGGUCUUCUCGGCCAGUUAAUCACCCGCCUUUUACCAGCAGAGGUGGAUGCUGCGGUGGUGAAGGUCCUCUCCGCCAAGCACACCUUGUUUGCAUCAGGGGACAGUUCCAUUGUGCCCGAUGGCUGGAAGACCACCCACCUGCUCUUCAGCCUGGGAGCUGUGUGUCUGGACAGCCGGGUGGGCUUGGACUGGGCGUGCUCCAUGGCGGAGAUCCUGCGGUCACUCAGCGGUGCCCCACUGUGGCGAGAUGUCAUCGCCACCUUCACAGACCAUUGUGUCAAGCAGCUGCCUUUCCAGCUGAAGCACACCAACAUCUUCACCCUGCUCGUGCUGGUCGGCUUCCCACAGGUCCUCUGCGUGGGGACCCGCUGUGUGUAUAUGGAUAACGCCAAUGAGCCACAUAAUGUAAUCAUCUUGAAGCACUUCACGGAGAAGAACAGGGCUGUGAUCGUCGAUGUCAAAACCCGGAAAAGGAAAACAGUGAAGGACUACCAGCUGGUCCAGAAAGGACAGGAGUGCAGCAGCGCUCAGGCCCAGCUGAGCCAGUACUCCCAGCACUUUGCCUUUAUCGCCAGUCACCUUCUGCAAGCCAGUGUGGAGAGCCACUGUCCCGAGGCGGUGGAAGCAACCUGGGUCCUGUCCCUGUCCCUCAAAGGACUAUAUAAGACGCUAAAGGCUCACGGUUUUGAAGAGACUCAUGCGACCUUCCUUCAGACUGAUUUGCUGAAGCUGCUGGUGAAAAAGUGCAGCAAAGGGACCGGUUUUAGUAAAACGUGGCUCCUCCGGGACCUGGAGAUCCUGUCCAUCAUGCUGUACUCCUCAAAGAAGGAGAUUCACACCUUGGCCGAGAACACAGCCCUGGAGCAAGACGAGCGAGGGGACCAAGAGGAGGAGGUGGAAGGCACUGUCAGCAGCCCUGCUGAGCCGGAGCAGAAGAAGCUGGAUCCCCUGGAAGGCCUGGAUGAGCCCACCAGAAUAUGUUUCUUGAUGGCGCACGAUGCGCUCAAUGCCCCUCUGCACAUCCUCCGGGCCAUAUACGAGUUGCAGAUGAAGAGGACCGAUUCUUUCUUCCUGGAGGUUCAGAAGAGGUUUGAUGGGGACGAGCUCACCACGGAUGAAAGGAUUCGGACCCUGGCUCAGAGGUGGCAGCCCAGUAGGAGUCUGAGACUAGAGGAGCAGAGUGCCAAAGCCGUGGACACAGACAUGAUUAUCUUACCGUGUUUGUCCCGGCCUGCACGCUGUGACCAGGCCACGGCUGAAUCGAACCCUGUGACCCAGAAGCUCAUCGCCAGCACGGAGAGUGAACUGCAGCAGAGCUACGCCAAGCAGCGACGUAGCAAGAGCGCCGCCCUCCUGCACAAGGAGCUGAACUGCAAGAGCAAGAGGGCUGUCCGAGAGUACCUGUUCCGCGUGAACGAGGCCACGGCCGUCCUGUACGCCCGCCACGUGCUGGCCUCCUUGCUCGCCGAGUGGCCUGGCCACGUGCCAGUGAGUGAGGACACCCUGGAGCUCAGUGGCCCGGCCCACAUGACCUACAUUUUGGACAUGUUCAUGCAGCUGGAAGAAAAGCACCAGUGGGAGAAGAUCCUGCGGAAGGUGCUCCAGGGCUGCCGAGGGAGCAUGCUGGGGACCAUGGCCCUGGCUGCCUGCCAGUUCAUGGAGGAGCCCGGGAUGGAGGUGCAAGUCAGGGAGUCGAAACACCCAUAUAACAAUAACACUAACUUUGAGGAUAAAGUCCACAUCCCGGGUGCAGUCUACCUCUCCAUCAAAUUCGACUCGCAGUGCAGUACAGAGGAGGGCUGUGAUGAGCUGGCCAUGUCCAGCAGUGGUGACUUCCAGCAGGACCGACACACCUUCAGUGGGUCCCAGCAGAAAUGGAAGGAUUUUGAGCUCCCAGGAGAUACUCUGUACUACCGCUUCACCUCUGACAUGAGCAACACGGAGUGGGGUUACAAAUUCACUGUGACGGCGGGACACCUGGGGCGAUUCCAGACAGGGUUCGAGAUUUUGAAGCAGAUGUUGUCAGAAGAAAGAGUUGUGCCACACCUCCCGCUGGCCAAAAUUUGGGAGUGGCUGGUGGGUGUGGCUUGUCGCCAGACUGGCCACCAGCGAUUAAAAGCCAUCCACCUGCUUCUGAGGAUCGUCCGAUGUUGCACCCACAGUGACCUCUGUGACCUUGCGCUGCUGAAGCCACUGUGGCAGCUCUUCACCCACAUGGAGUACAGCCUGUUUGAGGACGUGACGCAGCCUGGCAUCCUCCUCCCCCUGCACCGCGCCCUCACCGAGCUCUUCUUCGUCACCGAGAACCGCGCCCAGGAGCUCGGCCUACUGCAGGAUUACCUGCUGGCCUUAACCACUGACGACCACCUUCUCCGCUGCGUGGCGCAGGCUCUGCAGAACAUUGCUGCUAUCAGCCUGGCCAUCAACUACCCGAACAAGGCAACCCGCCUCUGGAAUGUCGAGUGUUAGCCCUUGCUGUGGCGUGCAUGGAACUGGCCCAUCUGUCCACAAGGACUUUAGAGCAGACAUCUGAACUCAUUCAGGAAAAUGCCUGUGGUGUCCGUGCCCGGCUUCCCUUGAGGUCCCACUUCCACCCCAAGUGGAAUGCCAAACAGCCAUGCCUCCGAGAACUUGCCGCGUCCCAAGCUAGCACCUGCACGCACCACAGCACGUGAGAAAGAGCAGAGCACUACAGAGCUAUUCAGGAGGGCAGGUCGUUCAGAGGGUCUGUCCCUGCGGAAGCCACAGCCCAGGAAGAGCUGAAAGGAGCGUCUCUGGAAAGGGUUCUGUCUCCGUGGAGCGGAGCUGGCUGCGCUUAGAGUCGGCCCAGAGCUGCCCUCUCAGCAGGACCUGCAGCAGCAACAGCGGCCUGGCCUGGGAGCCCUUCCUUUGCUCUUGCUUCUUGAGACCGGGCAGUCCACACCAAAGCCGGUGAGAGCUCGUCCUGGCCACCUGCCGGCCCCCCAGGCAUGCACAUGGCCGUCCCACAGAAGUCCUCGGGGAGAACAAGAGCCCUUGGUCACAGCCAGUGGGCCGUCCAUGUGCACCGCUCCUGCUCUGACUCCCAGCACGUCUGCAUUUAGUUGUUUUCACAUAUCUCAGUUUCCACCUGACGUUUUUAGAACAGAACCACAUGACUCCCCCGCGAGGCUUCAAGGGGUGCCCAAUGGAACGGUCAUUCGGGGGAGACGCUGUUCGCGUGAAAGCUUCUGUACUUGAAGACUUGAAGUGUUAGACGAGAUCUUAUUUUAGAAGUAAAAAAAAAAAAAAAACACCAAAAAACAAAGAAUAUAUGAUGAUUUUAUUUCUUCUCUGUGGUCACGGUUACCCGUCGCAUCCACCUCUGGGACUCUGCGUGCUUGCUCGGCUGUCAUUGGUCUGGCAAGAAUGCUGUUUUCCAUUUUUUAUGGUCGCAGUCUUGCCCUCAAGUGCUGAUGAUGAUUCUCUUUCCAAAGCCAUGCUUUGGAGUGUGAGGCUGGGUUGGCCCGUGGGACUCGUCGGCGUGAAGAGCGCCUCGGCAGCUGCCAUUUCAGGACGGCAUCUGGGCCUGAGCACGUCCCCCCACGCGGGGCGCACGGAAGGCUCCUCGCAGCCAGGGCCAAGCUGAGCAGGUCAGCACCGGCAUGUGACUGCUGGCUGCAGGGGUCUGGGUUGGAAGGGCCCGAGACUGCAGGUCCCAGGAGGGUCUUCCUGCAGAAGCACUCUUGCCUUCUGGGUCAGGAGGCCGAGGGGCGGCAGCCUCCUGCAGCCCUAGAGCUCGGUUCUCAGUCAAGCCCCCAAGCUGCACGAGGAGCCGUCCUGUGAGGGACCCUUCAAAGGGGACAGGGGGCAGGUCCUGGAACUUGGUGACCCCAGGCCCGUAGCCCUGACAUCAACAAGCCUGAGGCCCUGGGCCCGGUCCGGUCCCCCAUGGUGUCGGGAUGCAAGCAGGUUGCUACUGUGGCUUGGUAGAAACCCGUUCUCAUCUUCCGCUCUGCCUGCACCCCCAGAGAAGGCCCCACGUGCGUACCACCCAGACCCAGGUAGGUCUCGCAGUGCAGAGGGAGGUCACAGAGCAGGUGUCGGGGCCCCGACUCUGACGGGGUGGGGGGGGCGGCCUGGAAGACAGACAACACAGCGCACUCACGCCUUCACCUUGCUGCCGUCCACAGCCCUCAUGCCCCGGACUGACUGACGCAGGCAGGACAGAUAGGCAGGGCAGGGUCACGCCUCUGGGGGCCGUCACCAUCAACUUUGCUCUCCAUCCUCGGGAGGCCGAAUUGUAAAUAAACGCCAGCCUCGGCCCGCUGCUGUCUGUCCUGGUCUCUCUGCCCACUUUGCACAGAGCGAGCCCAGGUUCUGCUUCGCACACAGCUGCCGCUCUCCCCUGCUCGCCCCACCGGCCCGGUCGCCCUGCAUCCCACCCGGUCGCCACCAAGGACCCGCCGCCUCCGAGACCAGCCUCCCUUUGAUCCUUCUCCGAGGCAGAGUUGCCAGGCAAGAGCUAAAACCGGCGAGAAUAAAGGUGUCGUGAAAACACGUGCCUGAUCCAUAAAGAGAUUCCGACCCAAACCCUAUAUAUUGUACAGAUGGACACUGCUCCUAAUGGGAGGGGUGACUUAUUUUCAUCAUCGUUUUUAAUUUGUUUUCU